AUGUCUGACGCCGAGCGUAUUCAGGGUAUCUGCAAGUGGUUCAACGAGGAGAAGGGUUAUGGCUUCAUCAGCGCCGAGGGUGCUAGCCAGGACUACUUCGUCCACUUCCGCGCCAUCGAGGGUUCGGGUUACCGCACCCUGAAGGAAGGCCAGAAGGUCACCUUCGAGGUUGGCCAGGGCCAGAAGGGUCCUCAGGCCGAGGCUGUCCGGGCCGAGUAG